AUGAAUAUGAACAGUGCUUCCGCUGGCGGACAAGACAUGAUAUCAUCCAUGAUGGAGAUGAUCUCGAGUACACUAGAACAAUCAAUGAUGACAAUGAUCAUGUCCAGCUCCCUGCCGUCUUCUUCCACGACCAUGUCUGCUCCUACCUCAAUGUUAAUGUCAACAUCUUCUUCGAUAGAAACGGGACCUAUGAGUAUGUCCAUGCCCUCCUCCAUGAGCAUGCCGAUCUCUUCUUCUAGCGGAUUAGUGGCUCCUUCCGUUUACAUGGCUGGCCAUCCAAGUUCUACAAUGAUAAUGUCAACCUCAACAGGAGGAAAUAGUAAUAUGACCGCAACAAUGAAUGAGGGGUCCAUGAAUUCCGAGAUGAAUAUGAACAUGGACAUGGAAAUGAAUUCCUAUUUAACUUCCAAGUAUAAGAAUUAUCCCGUUUUAUUUCAAAAGCUGUAUGCAGACACCAGAGGAAAGGCGUUUGGUAUUUUUCUAUUAGUUGUAGUUGCUUCGUUUGUGUAUAAGGCCCUACUAUUUGUAAGUUGGUGUUUGGAAGUCCACUGGUUUAAAAAGUGGGACGCAUCUGGCAAACAUACGUCCAUAAAAAAUGCAACAGAAAAUACAAGAGAUGAGGAAAGGGACACUGAAUAUUUUGUAGAGAAUGGAUUAGAAAUGAAACCGUUACCAAAGUUGCCAAAUUUAUUGACUGAUUUUAUGGUCACUUCAUACACCGAUCUUUUACAUGAUUUUAUACGGGCAAUAUUGAUAUUUUGCUCUACGAUGAUUAUCUACAUGUUAAUGUUAGUUGCAAUGUCAUUUAUCUUAACUUAUGUUUUUGCUGUUAUUCUCGGUCUUACCUUGGCUGAAGUGUUUUUUAACAGAUUGAAGAUAUGUAUGCUGAAAAGAUGGGACAUACAAAGAGAAAUCGAGUUAGCCCAAAACUGUCCAGGUGCUGGUAAUUGUAAAUGUGGGAGACACAUACUACAAGUUAAUAAUCCUAGAAUGGAUGAAGCUGAUUCAAUAUCAUCUAUCUCUGCGGGGGAAACUAGUCCUGAUGAAAAAGCGACGAAGAAGGAUUUGAAUCUAAGAGAAGAAAAUUCAGAAACACAAGUAGUCCAGGAGGAUUUAUCUUGUGGUUCGGCUUGCAGGUGCGUACCGGAACCUAGUGAAAAUGAGAGGCGUAUCGAGAGAAAUAUUCUUGAAUCAUCCAAACUUCAAGAACAAUCUGGAGAUAUGGAUACUAAUUUAAUGCCAGCAGAAAAAUACAAACAAUAG